GCCCAACAGAGAGGCAGAAGAGAAGAGGAAAGCAGAGUUUGCAACACACAGACACAGGUACUGGCACUGGCAUGAAAUCGGACUAUGAGACGAGAUAACAAAUAUAAAGAAGGAAACAAGAUAAAUGGAGAAUUCAGAGGCUCUGCACUGCAGGGUGAAGUGAUCCUUAUUCGGUUGUAGACCCAUCUAUACUGGCUGUAGAUCAGGAUGGGGAAAAGAGGAUCUUGGUGUUGCUGGGAAUACCUUGUUAUUAUACUGUUAUUUUUUUCAAUGCAGUGGAAGGGCAGGAACUGUCAGCGACAGACAAAGGAGGCUCUACCAGGGUUUAAAAUUGAGGCACCAGCAGAGGUGACAGUGCAGAGGGGACUCUGUGUGCUCAUCCCCUGUAACUUUACUGUUGGUCCUGGUUAUACCUUAACCAAAGAUGCCAUUGGAAUCUGGAAUAAAAUAAAUGGCCCAGUUGCAGCUUCUACUGACUCCUCUCAGUUCUCUGAUACAACAAACGGGCGCUUUAUAUUCACUGGGAAAGUGAGUGCAGGAGACUGUUCCUUCUCUAUCAGUGAUGCACAACCAGGAGACACUGACCAGUACUGGUUCAGACUUGAGGAUAAAUAUCCUUUAAAAUUUACCUAUGUUGGUAUCAAACCAUCUGUAUCUGUGACAGAUCUAAAAGAACCUGAUAUAUCUCCCACCAAGGAUCUGAUCGCUGGUGAAGAAGUGACUGUGACUUGCACGGCUCCUACACACUGUCCUGGACUCUCUCCAACCUUCACAUGGGAAGGAAGUGUAAAUACAGAAAAUACACAGAAUAAUAAAUUGAGGCACCAAGAUGGGAACUUCACCUACUGGUCAAAUAUCACUUUCACUCCAUCACCGAGUGACCAUAAUUCCUCCUUAACCUGUACUGUGACUUAUAAACAUGGGUCUGCUACAACAAGCAUCACCUUGAAUGUUAUAUAUCUGCCCAUUCUGAACAUCACUGUUCCAGGGGGAACAGGAGAGAGGAGCAAUGUGAGCAUUAAAGAAGGAGACUCCCAGGAAAUCUACUGUAAAGUGAACAGUAACCCAAUGGCCAACAUUAGUUGGACUAAAGGAAAAAUCCCUGUUGAGAAUACCAAGCAGAAUGGACAGAAACUGACUCUUUUACUGAAGAAUGUAACAGAGAAUGACACUGAUAUAUAUACAUGUACUGCACAGAACCAAAGGGGAAUCAACAACCGCUCUAUCAGUGUCUCUGUAGAAUAUGCCCCCCGACAGCCAACGAUAUGUGUAGAUAAGCCGGAAGGUAACACAGUUUGCCUUGCUGCUGGAAAUAUCACUGUUCCAGCUGAAUCUGCACUGACCUUACAAUGCGUUGCUAAAAGUAACCCGCCAGCAAAUUUCUCCUGGAUUCAGAGUAAUCCAUUCAACAAACAUUCUGGAAAUAGGGCUCUGAUGGUCCAGGUUCUAAAUGAUAUUGAAUAUACAUGCCAAGCUGAAAAUAAAUAUGGGCUAUCAAAUAUUUCCAUCAUUAUUAUUGUCACACCUGCACAAAAGCCUCAGACAAAUCUCCUCAUUGUCGGACUUUGUAUUUUAUUUUUCACGCUUGUGUUGACAACAUUGGUGUUUGUAUACAGAGGGAUGAGAAAGAAGAAGGACUUACAGGAGGACACAACUACUAAAGAGAUGCCUAAAAGUGAUGGUGAUGUGAUUUACAAUAAUGUAGAGAAUAUGAAAAGCUAUAGCAAUGAAUCCUACAUCAACACAGAGGGAGAAAAACCGGAUAAGGAUGAUUUGUAUAUGAACUAUGAAAAAGAGCUGCAAUAUGCCUCCCUCAAUUUCUCAAAAAUAAAACCAAUGGAAGCUCCUCAAACGGAGAUCAUAUAUUCAGAGGUCAAACGCAAUUAACCCUGGAGAUAUACUGAAAAGAAUGCAUGGCUGUAAAUAAAGAAGGACUGUUGUACUAUUGAGACUUGUUAAGACAAUGUAGAUAAAGGAAGCUGCAGGAUAUGUCUGUUUCUCAGGUUUUUUUCCAUGAUUGCUCAGUGGUACACUGGUUCUCCCUGACUAUUGUAUAACUGAGUCAAAGGUACCAGUGUUGGACUGGGGGGCCUGGGGCCCAUUGAUAAGCUGGCUGCCCUUCCUGAGCCGCAACACCGCUCUGCCCACCCCCACACACACAAACAUACCUCUUUCUACUUGCGGCCAUGGUGGGGGCCAAGUAUGGAGCUCAAAAGCAGCGGCAGAGUCAUUGUGCAGGGAGGGGGUCUGGGCAGGGUUUUUUUCCUGGUAUCCCUCCUGCUUAGUCUGACCCUAAAAGGUGCCACAGCAUUCUUCCUGAACAUGGCAGCACUUUCUGCUUUUCUCAUAGGCUUAUUCAAGACUGAAGCUUGCACAGAUAAGGUAUAUUCAGGUUUUCUACCAAACUGCAUUUUCAAUGUAUUGUUGACACCCCACUGCAUUAUUACAGCAUAUUCAAAUGAAUUCCAUGAGCAUUACAUUAGUGCCAUGUUAUAUCAAAAGCAACAAAGGUUUGGGCACUGAGGCCCAUGAUCAACCCAUGAUUAAGUUACUAUAGGGCAUAAAUGCAUAGGGCAUGGAGAUGUUUUAAUUUUGCUUUGAAUAAAGACUUUUUUUACUUUUAAGGGCAGUGGCCAAUGGGGAGAUUUUUUAAUCGCUGGAGUUAUGACCAACAUGUUGCUAAAUUGCCCAGAGUUCAAUAUAAAUACAAAAACUGGGUUAAAUAAAUAUGAUGUGCAAAAUAAAAAAAAUGUUUCUAAUAUAGUUAGUUA